AUGACACAGACACCUGUCCCAGCAACGGACCCGGCUGUUUACGCCCCAUACGAGGCUAAGUGGUCUAUCAACCCAGACACAGCAGACGCAUGGCUCGGUCGCGCCCGCGAAGUCGCCGCCGUGCUGGCGCAGGACGCCGCGCAACGUGACCAAGAGAACAAAUCGCCCCGCGCGGAGGUUGCCCUGCUCAAGCACUCAGGUCUGCUAAAGCUUCUUGGACCAAAGAAGUAUGGCGGGGGCGCGCAGUCCUGGGAAGUGGGAUAUAAAGCAAUUCGCGAGGUGGCCAAGGCAGACGGCUCUAUUGGCAUGCUUCUCGGUUAUCAUCUUCUCUGGUCAACGACAGCCAACGUCGUCGGCACCUCCGAGCAAGCAGAUCGCAUUAAUGAACUGAUCAUCUCCAACAACUAUUUCGUCGGCGGGGCCGUCAACCCGCGGGACAACGACCUGCGCAUUACCUCAGAUGGAGAUAAUAUUAUCUUCAAUGGAUCCAAGCACUUCAAUACCGGCGGCGUCGUCUCCGAUCUUACCGUCCUGGAAGGUGUGCUGGACGAGACGAACGAUCAUAUCUUUGCCCUGGUUCCCACUGUCCAGCCCGGUAUACAGUUUGCGCACAACUGGCACAAUAUAGGCCUGCGCCUGACGGAAUCCGGUGGUGUCGCGAUCAAGGACGUCCGCGCACCGUGGUCAGAUGCGCUGGGCUGGGAUACAGCAACUAAGAAACCGCGUGCCGAUGUUUUGCAGAUUCCGUUUGCCAGUUUACUCUUGCCGACCAUCCAACUCGUGUUCAGUAACUUCUACCUCGGCAUCGCCAUCGGCGCUCUGGAGUUCGCAGCGAAGUAUACGACUACCUCGACGCGCGCCUGGCCAUUUGGCGGUGACAACAAAGACUCCGCCCCCGAGGAAUUCUACAUUCUCGAGCGGUACGGCAACUUCUUUGCGCAUCUACGUGGGGCUGAGGCUCUAGCUGAUCGAGCAGGCGAGCGGCUAUCCACACUUUAUAGCCAGCACUCGACGAAUAGAGAGGGCGUGACAGCUCAAGACCGAGGGGAGGUGGCUGAGUGGGUGGCCAGCGUCAAGGUUGUCACCACAGAUGUUGGACUUAGGGUAACUUCCGGCGUGUUCGAGGUGACCGGGGCGCGGGCGACGGCGCUGAAAGUGGGCUUAGAUCGGUUCUGGAGAGACCUGAGAACGCACACACUGCAUGAUCCAGUGGCUUACAAGAACCGGGAGCUUGGGCGAUAUGCGCUUUUGCAUGAGGCGCCGGAACCCACUUGGUACACCUGA